CCAUGAACAGCGGCGGGCUCCCCUGUUCCCCGCCGGUGGCUGCUGCCGCGGCGGUGGGGCCGCCCCCGGGGCCGGGGGUUCCGACGGCGGCGGCGCCCGGCGGGCUGAAGCUCAAGUUCUGCCGCUAUUACGCCAAGGACAAGACGUGCUUCUACGGCGAGGAGUGCCAGUUCCUGCACGAGGAGCCCGGCGGAGCCUCUGCCGCCUGUCCCGGGCCUCCGCCGCCGGUCGCCCUCGGAGGGCUUCCGCUUGGGCUCGCUCCUGGUUCCGCUGCUCCUGCCGUCGCUGCCUCGCCCGGACACGGCGGUGGCUACCCGGGGCAUGGGGCAGCGGCGCCGGUGGCGGGGCCUAAGAAGCCCCCCGAGUUGGUGGGAGGAGGCGGAGGGGCAGGCGGCGGACACGGAGCAGCCGGCGGCGGAGGGGGGCUGGACGGACCCCGGCUGGCCAUUCCAGGCAUAGAUGGAGGUGCCCUUGCUGAAGCUAGUCUUACAGAUUCCUACUUCAGUACCAGCUUCAUUGGAGUUAAUGGGUUUGGAAGUCCUGCUGAAACAAAGUAUCCUAUGAUGCAGAGGAUGACAAAUAGCAGCAGUUCUCCAAGCCUUCUCAAUGACAGUGCCAAGCCAUAUGCAGGCCAUGAUCCCCUCACUUCACCUGGUUCAUCCCUGUUUAAUGACUUUGCUGCCCUCAGCUUAUCUCAAAGGAGAAAACCAAGGAAGUAUCGACUGGGGAUGCUGGAGGAGAGGAUAGUUCCGGUGGGAUCAAAGGCACGAAAAUCAAAGAACUCUAUUGGCUGCUUGGCUGACAGGUGUAAAACAGGAGUACCCAUCAAUAUGGUUUGGUGGAACAGAGUCACAGAAAACAAUUUACAGACACCAAAUCCCACUGCAAAUGAAUUUAUUCCUAAAGGAGGAUCAACCUCCCGUCUCAGUAAUAUGUCGCAGUCAAAUAUAUCUGCCUUCUCUCAAGCCUUGUUCUCUCAUCCUUCCAUGGGAGGUCCUGCAAAUGCUGGGCUAGCUCCAGGAAUGUCACUGUCAGCGGGAUCUUCUCCCCUUCAUUCCCCUAAAAUUACUCCUCACACGUCUCCUGCUCCUAGACGAAGAAGUCAUACACCAAACCCAGCAAAUUAUAUGGUGCCUACUAGUGCCUCUACACCGGUUACUAAUGCUGUUUCCCAGCCCCCAGCUACUGGCCAGGUGAUUCAGAAGGAAACUGUGGGUGGCACAACCUAUUUCUAUACUGAUACAACUCCAGCACCUCUAACUGGAAUGGUAUUCCCAAAUUAUCACAUUUAUCCUCCAACUGCACCUCAUGUUGCUUACAUGCAGCCAAAAGCUAAUGCACCUUCCUUCUUCAUGGCAGAUGAACUACGACAGGAGCUGAUCAACAGACACUUAAUUACAAUGGCUCAGAUAGACCAAGCAGAUAUGCCUGCUGUCCCAACAGAAGUUGACAGCUACCACAGCCUUUUCCCUUUAGAACCACUGCCACCACCCAAUCGGAUACAGAAAACAAGCAACUUUGGGUACAUAACAUCAUGCUACAAAGCUGUAAAUAGCAAAGAUGAUCUGCCAUAUUGCCUUCGGAGGAUACAUGGUUUUCGUCUUGUUAACACAAAGUGCAUGGUGUUGGUUGACAUGUGGAAAAAGAUCCAACACUCAAAUAUUGUAACAUUGCGAGAAGUAUUCACCACUAAAGCAUUUGGAGAACAUUCUCUUGUGUUUGCAUAUGACUUCCACGCUGGAGGAGAGACUAUGAUGAGCAGACACUUCAAUGACCCUAGUGCUGAUGCCUAUUUCACAAAAAGGAAGUGGGGUCAGCAUGAUGGACCUCUGCCUCGGCAACAUGCUGGAUUGUUGCCUGAGUCCUUGAUUUGGGCCUACGUUGUUCAGCUCAGUUCUGCAUUGCGGACCAUUCAUACAGCAGGGCUGGCCUGCCGAGUAAUGGACCCCACAAAAAUUCUGGUAACUGGCAAAACAAGGUUGCGAGUGAACUGCGUUGGAGUCUUUGAUGUGUUAACAUUUGAUAACAGCCAAAACAAUCCCCUGGCCCUAAUGGCCCAGUAUCAGCAAGCGGACUUGAUUUCCCUUGGGAAAGUUGUGUUGGCUUUGGCUUGCAAUUCUUUGGCAGGAAUUCAGAGAGAAAAUUUGCAGAAAGCUAUGGAACUGGUGACAAUCAACUAUUCCUCUGAUUUGAAGAAUCUUAUUUUGUAUUUGCUGACUGACCAAAACAGGCUUCGAAGUGUAAAUGAUAUCAUGCCUAUGAUUGGUGCAAGAUUCUAUACUCAGUUGGAUGCUGCCCAAAUGAGGAAUGAUGUAAUAGAAGAAGACCUUGCAAAGGAGGUUCAGAAUGGAAGACUAUUUCGGCUUCUUGCAAAACUGGGAACAAUCAAUGAGAGGCCAGAAUUUCAGAAGGACCCAACGUGGUCAGAAACUGGAGACAGAUAUCUCCUGAAACUCUUUAGGGAUCAUCUUUUCCAUCAGGUGACAGAAGCGGGUACUCCCUGGAUAGACCUCAGUCACAUUAUCUCUUGUCUUAACAAGCUAGAUGCUGGUGUGCCAGAAAAAAUAAGCCUCAUUUCCAGAGAUGAGAAGAGUGUACUUGUGGUAACAUAUAGUGAUCUAAAGCGCUGCUUUGAAAAUACUUUUCAAGAACUGAUUGCAGCUGCGAACGGCCAGUUGUAGUACUUGCUGAAAGCAUGCAGGACAUUGCUGAGGAACGUAACCGUAGCAAAUUGCACUACAGCUGAUUGUCAUCAUCUCAUUUCACAUUUUGGGAAACAAAACAGCAGGAGAUGUUGCACUUCAGUCAGGUACACUGUUACGUGAAGGGAAGAAUGUUUUUGCUUGCCCUUGAGCUCUGGCUGCCAUUGGAGGCUUUAUCUGUGAAGAAUUUAUUUUAAAAUAAGGAACACAUCAGGGGCAUGAUGUUCCUGCUUUUAUUUUUUCCACUCGUAUAUGCACUAAUUUUAAUUUUUUAAAGACUUUCUGAUCUCUGAUGUUUUGCCACAUUGGAUACUUACUAAGGGAAUCUCUUUGCAAGGACAUUUCUGGGAUAAUCUUUUUUUUUUUUUUUGCCACUGAGUAUACUGCAGAAUUUAUUCAUUUUGAUAUUAUUUUGCACCCCAGAUUACUAUAAAGGACCAGGUAAAUAAUUUCAUAGAAAUUGUGUUCUGUACAUUACAGUGUAGCUUGUAACUUCUGUAAAACUGUGUCAUAUGUCACCCACUGUUAGGUUAACCAAUCAAACCAGAAGGUGCAUAUUUAAGAAAACAAAACAAAAAAAAAAUCAAGGUAUUGUAGGUAUAUCACAUGUAAAAUCCCGUUUUAUUUGGUUGAAGCUUUGUCUAAGCAAAACAGCACCAUUUGAGACCUGUAACUUCAGGAGCAUAUCCAAAUUGCUCUAAACACAACCAGCGCCUUUUAAAUAAAAUACCUGUUUGUAUAUUUUCCUGCUAAUCAGAUGCAUUUACAUUUAUGCAAUUUUUAAUAGAAUUUUUUAUAAGACAUUGUGUUACAGGCCUGAGGUUUCAGGAGUGUAUUCCUUUAAGUUACUUAUGGUAUACUUUUUUUUGUAUAAAGUUCUGUUCUUUGAACCACAGCUUUAUUAUGGUACUUUACACUGGAUACAGAUACAGAGACACUGUUCAGAGGAUUAACUACACACAGCAGUUGUCUGGCAUCAAGAGCGUUUGAAGUUUUAUAGCCUGAUUCUGGAGCAAUGAUGGUCUGCUGUGCCUUUGCAGUCACUGCUUAGCCCAAAGUAAUAUUACUUUUGAUAAUACUCAACACAUGAAUAUUCAGUUUUCAUGUCUGGAUUCUGCCCCCACCGUACCACAGUUAACUUUGUGAUAUCGGAUCCACAGUUGUCCGCAAGCUUGGUUAUUCAAGGGAAUUUGUAGUAAAACACCUAUACUUUGAUACUGAAGACUGCCAAAUAUGUAGGACUAUUUUUCCUUUCUUAAAGCAGUAGUGAAGACUGUGUAUCUACAUCCUUUCCCCAGCACUGAAUGUUCAAUAGCACUGGGUGCUCACCAUGAAGAAAAAGUGGAAAUUCUUCUCCAAAAGGUGUCAGGACUGACUCAAAGCACUUGCAACUGAUGUUACCGGCAUCCAUUUUAUUAAUUCUCAAUAUUUGUAAAUUUCAGGUGAAUUUUUAAUAAUUCUCUCCAGUUUUAUAAGCUUUAAUAAUGACACUCUGACUUUAGAUUUGCCUCAAGAAAAGCAGUGCUCUUCAUAAUGAAGGCUUUGGAAGACUAGAGACACACUUGGCACCUUUUAAUGAGACAUGGUGGAGCCUGCAAUUGGUAGCAUCAGUUGAUGAGCUUAAAUCAAUAAAAUCAAUUAUCAGUUAAUCUGGAAAAAGUUUUAAGUGGAACAUAAUGUUUAAUAUUCAGAGAAUAACAGUUGCCAUAAUAUUGUUCUUUUUUAACGUCAAAAGGAACAGGGACUUUGAGAUAUGAAUAUGGCAAACCAGUCUUUUAUCAUUAGCUCAUGUAUUUGAGGAAGAGCAGCUGUCUUUUAUAUGUUUUUGAAAAAUCAUAUUGUAAUUCUUUUGUACAAAAAAGUAGUACUUGUAUUCUGGAAGAAAUAUUGAAUGCUUAAUUUAUAAGCGGGCUGAGGUUUUGUUUUGUUUUUUCCUUUUUCCCACUAUUUUCUUUGAAAAUGAAAGGGGAUCAUCUCUUCAGUUGCGGGAAUUGGGAAGUUUUGAUUAUUUUGUGGACCAAUAUUUUGGGAAAAGCAAAGGCAGGGGUAAUGCAGGGCUUCAGUCUCAUCCUUGCUUAUACCAGCAAGAUUCACUUCUUAAAAGACAAGUUGCAUUUUGCAACUGCUUGUCAACACGUGUCCAUUGCUUUAGCCCCAGUAAUCUCAGGACUUGGUUUAAAGUUAAAGAGUAGAGAGCCAAUAAGUUUCCAUAAGUAUAUGUCAUCCAGGAAAUAUUUGCUGUUGGUACUGCAUAGAACAAUGUGGAGUUUUGUUUUAUUUGGUCCAUCUUUUGGAAUUUUCUGCUUUGGUGUUUUUUGGGGGGAGAAUUUACUCCAAUAUAAUUCCAUUUGGAAGGCUGUCCGGAAACUUAGUAUGAUCCAAUCAUAGGAAGAGUUAUAUCUGUAAUCCCUAAAACGGUAGCAUUUAAAAAAAAAUCUUUCAAUGCCUACUUUUUCCACAUGGGGAAACAACUCUGACCUUCCUAUCUUUACAGUCAAAAGCACAGAAAGGACAACCUUUUGAAAUCAUGUGAUGUUAGUUCAUUUAAAUUUUCUUAUCUGUUUUAUCUUAUUUGGGUUUUGGUUUUUGCUACACUGUAAAUACAUUGGGGGUACAUAACAUUUUUGUUUUCGUUUUGCCCUUGUUCCAGUUAAAUUUUACAUGUGAACAGCUUCCCCUAAAAAGCACCAGUAUGUUACAUUCUGAUGUCAUGAUCCCACUAUGUGUUACCUUUUAAUCCUGUUUUUCAUGUGUACAGCAGUAUUUUUAAUAAAGAAUACCAGAAAUAA